GUCAGUCAACUCAUGCCAGCACUCUCCACGUCUGCCUCUUCUACACACCCUCAUUACAUGUGUCUGUCUGGACUGAUCUGCUCAUCUGUUCUGAGACUCUCCUGACAAGUCAAAAUUUCUGCCUUCUCUCCGCUCUGGAAUUGGAUCAAAUCACCUCAGCUUUUUUUGUAGCCCCACUAGAAGGCUUUUUGCUUAUGGUCUCUUUCUGUUUUCCUUCACUACUUGUCUGUUUUUGAUUUCUAGAAUGGAGGAAGCUGAAUUGCUGAAAGAAAGAUUCCAGGCCAUAACAGACAAAAGAAAACUGCAAGAAGAAAUCACACAGAAACGUCUAAAAGUGGAAGAGGAAAAAAUGAAACACCAACAUUUAAAGAAAAAGGCCUUGAGAGAAAAAUGGCUCUUGGAUGGCCUUAGCUCUCUCACUCCAAAAGAGCAAGAAGAAAUGCAGAAGCAGAACUGGGAGGACCAACAACGGACUCGUGAGCUGGAACAAGAUAUUCUCAGGCUGGAGAAGGAGAUUGAGGCUCUGGAAAGAGAGGAAAUGGAAGUCUCAACUAAGGAAGAAGCAAUUUUAAAGAAACUGAAGUCUGUUGAGAAAACAACUGAAGACAUAAUAAAGUCUGUGAAGACUGAAAAAGCAGGAGUUGAAAAAGAGGCAGCAGACUACAUAUAUGCCAACAUACCUGACCUGCCCAAGAAUUUCAGGCCUUCUGCACUGAGAAAUGCAGCACAUGCUACCACCGAGGAGGAAGAAAGGAGGAAAGCAUUGUUUGCCAUGGAAAUUAAGGUCGAAAAAGACAUGAAGACAGGAGAAAACACAGUGUUAUCAACAAUACCUCUUCCCUCAAAGGAGUUUAAAGAGACAGGAGUCAAAGUGUAUGACGAUGGCAGGAAGUCAGUCUACGCAGUGUCCUCAAACGGCAGCACAACACGAAACGAGAUGGAUGAGCUCGCUCCCGUUGAGGUGGAAGACCUGCUGCGGCAGGCCACAGAGAAAAACUCCCAGUCUCCCACCGAGUACCAUGAGCCUGUCUUUUCAAACAAAUUCUGCAGACCAGUUACUCCUCACAAAGACAAAUUAGUCCCUGGACCAAAACUGGAAGACGCUCACAGAAGAGAGCUCAAUGGAUUUAGCAACCAUGAGACAGAAUUCUCUUCCAAAACAGAGCCCUUUCUGCAGCAACAGAAAGAGAAUGGGCUUGAGCUUCCCAAGGUAAUACAGCCAAAAUCUCCCUCUCCAGUCCUUCCACAUUCAGAGAACCAAGUGCACACUAAUCCUGAAAACAGGAUGAUCCCUGGGGAAGAAAGAAAAGUUGCACUUGAGGAAGUAAAACCUUACCAGAACACAAGGGAAAGACAUAACGAGACAAGGGUCUUCAGUCCAUCCCAUGUGAACGAAACAUCCCCUGCACCUCAGGAUAAGGAAGAUGCUCAGUACAGUGUUGUCCAAGCUGUACCAUGCUAUGUGGAUGACUCUGAACCAGUGACAAUGAUUUUCAUGGGUUAUCAACGCAUUGAUGAUGAUGAUGACCCAGAAGGAGACCAAAAACUGUCACGCUACGAUGGGGUUAUCCGCGCAGAAUUGGUUAUCAUUGAUGACGACGAUGAAGACGACAGCAAAUCUGAGAAGCCAGCAUAUCACCCCAUAGGCCACUACAGUCAGGUUUAUCAGCCACCAAGCAGGAAAAACACAGAAGUCCCACAGACAAACCUUGUGAGCAGUCUGGGCACAAGCCUGAACAAAAUACCCCACAAAAACUCCAUCUCUCUGCGAGAACAAGAGGAGCGCUUGAGCUCACCCACACCCCCUGCUCAGCUCCACCAACAGCUGUCUGGAGAUGGUACCGAAGAUCCCUCACUAACAGCUCUGCGGAUGAGGAUGGCAAAGCUGGGGAAAAAGGUCAUUUAGCAGCUGUAAUGACACGGAAGUAAAAUUUACUGCUCAAAGCAGAAUAAAGCUAAGAAGAGUUCUUCAACACACCUCCCUUUUUUUCAGAUCAUGAUGUAUGCUUUGCUCCCCUUUUUAUGCACCUGGGUUAUUUCACCCUCUGCAUAGGCCCGUGGACUUCAGCAGACUUUCAGGUUUGACCAACUGCCACAGACACACAAAUCACACUCUGGACUUUGCUAAACUUAGUGGAAAGUUCCCUAAGGACAUCAGCAGGAAGACAUGGGCAUACCUGGUCCCCAUAGCCAGGAAUACCUU